UUCCGACACAAGUUAUCGACUCUCGCCACAGUAUAACGGAUCUUACGGGACUCUAGUAUAUCACUAUGGCUGCCUCUGCUCUUACUGUUUGCCGAAUGAGCACGGCAGGACAGGGCAGGGUGAGGCAGGGCAAGGCAGUUAAGAGAAGGGCAUGGCAGAGUAAAGUAAGAGGGGCAAGGUGCAUCUGGAGCGGAUGCCCAAUGGUCUCUCUUGCGCCUCUGUUGUGCCUGCUGUUCCUGUCGUACACGCCUUUGAGAAUUGCGGCCGCUCCGGCCAAUGACAAGCCGAUCAGUGGCUCUGCCGUCACCCCCAACAGCCUGCUCCCUGGGCUAGGGGGAUAUCCUGGUUAUCUUGGAGGAAGUGGAAUCUACCCAGGAGGUAUCGGGAGCUAUCCACAACGUGUAUUGAAUCCGUACGGCGUGCAGCCACUCAACUCGCCAAUUUACGGGCCAGCGUCCGGAAACGCGUGUAUGAUCUGCUCCUGGAAGACCACUAAUUUACAGUGGUACUUGCAAAACUACGGCAUGUAUGAACAAAUGGGUUAUAAUCCGUGCUCUAUUUGCUCAUACGGAAUUUAACAUUUCAAACAAUAAAAUUGUUAUAUGAACUGUAGGCAAGUUUUGCAAAUUGCUAUGCUCUAAACUAUUAUAUUAUGCAAUUAUUAACAAGUAAGUGAUAUUACGAAGUAAUUUAUUUUCUUGAUGCUUGGGCAGAAUAUAUUUUUAGAAUUGUUUAUUUCCAUUUUUAUAGUUUCAAUUUCAUCAAAUUCACAUUAUUUAUUGCCAUGAAACCUUUCGUUUAUUUGAUAAGAAAAAAUGAUAUUAUACUAAAGAACCAUAAACAUAAUUGAAAGCAAAUAUUUCACGCUAUAUAUUAUUUAUAUUCUUCUAACAGUUUUUACAUUUCACUUGAAUAGAAAUACGUUGUAUGUAGUACAAUGUGUAACUAUUCGUAAUUUUUUAUGAAUUUACUUUUCCAUAUGGACACUGUUUUUAUACAUUUAUAAUGUCUAUAUUUAGUGAAUAAAUACGAGAAC